UUCCCGACCCUCCCGGGCGGCGGCGGCGGCGGCGGCGGGGGCCCGGCGGUGCCGGAGCGGGGCGGCGGUGCCGGACCCCCACCAUGCCGCAGCUGGAACCGGCGGGGGGGGACGACCUGGGGGCCCCCGACGAGCUCAUCGCCUUCCAGGACGAGGGCGAGGAGCAGGACAAGGGCGCGGGGCGCGGCUCGGCCCACGGGGACCUGGACGAGCUCAAGUCCUCCCUGGUCAGCGAGACCGAGAACCGGGGGGGCGGCCCCGGCGCCGGCCCCGGCCCCGAGGCGGAGCGGCCCCCCCAGCCCCGGGAAAGUUUCCAGAAGCCGCGGGACUAUCUGGCAGAAGGUACCGGCCGCGCCGCCGCCCCCCGC